ACGUGUCAAAAACAGUGAAGUUGUAACCCAUGCAGGCGAACACGAACACAUACAGCCUGUUCUCAUCAUCAGACACACAUCACGAGAAGAUGACGCCUGUCGUGCCGCCACGUGUCCUCCAAAUCCCACCUUAAAUCCCCAUCCCACCACCCUUUCCACUGCUCAGUGUUUAUCGUCAUCCUCAUCAUCAUGGCGGAUCAACAAAAGUUGACAACCCAGAAGUCGCCUGCGGGGGAGACAGUAAGGUUCCUAACGGCGGCAGGAAUCGGGACAACCCUGCUUGUCCUGUCGGGGAUAACGUUGACGGCGACAGUGAUAGGGCUGAUCCUUGCGACGCCGGUUCUGGUGCUGUUCAGUCCGAUACUGGUGCCGGCGGCGGCGGCGGUAGUGCUGAUGGGGACUGGGCUUUUGUUUUCCGGCGGGUGCGGGGCGGCGGCGAUAGCGACGUUAACGUGGAUAUACAGAUACGUGACGGGAAAGCAUCCGGCUGGAGCGGAGAAGGUGGAUUAUGCGAGGAAGAGGAUAGCAGAGAAGGCGAGAGAGUACGGGCAGUAUGUGCAGCAGAAGGCGCAGGAAGCUUCCUAGUAAUUAUUAAUAAGUAUGGUGAAGAAGAAGAAGAUGGUUGUUGAAGGUUUCAUCUGUAAUAAUGAAUUAAUAUGUAUGAAUGGAUGAUGGAUGUCUUAGGUUUUCUUUUAGUUUGCUGUUAAUAAUAAACUUUCUGGUUUUAAUAUAUUCUAGUCUUGCAUUUAGGUUUGAAAGGUUUAGAUUUGAUGGGCGUGGAUCACAUUUUGCUAUACAUAUACAUAUCAUAUAUGUAC